UAACGGUAUAUUUUAAUGGACGAAUUUUAAUUCGAAAGGAGGAAAUGUUGGAAGAGACGCGCGCGAAUAUUGGUCGUCGAGGAGAAGAGUAGAGGAUGGUGCGAUAAGGAACACGGUGUGGCGGGAAGGAGUGCAAAAUGCCCCAAGGAAGCAUCCAUUGGCAAGGGACGCAGAGAAGAGCCUGCGGUCCAGGAGCUCACUGGAAUGUUCAGGUGGUGAGAGGCAAGGUGACAACACGAUGCUUGUGGUACGCCUGCAAAGCUCUCGGAAUUGGUCUGCUACUAAUGCUUUUAGGAGCUUGCAUGGCGACCAUAGGAUACUUCGCAGAUCAGCUAUCCGUGGCUCAAGAGAUCAGAGGUAACCUAACAAUAAGAGUGAAGAAUGAAUCACGUGGAUUUCAUCUGAAUAACCUCAGUUAUGCUGGUCCAAUUGUAAUGGGCGUGGGAGGAUUUAUCGUGGUGGCAGCCUGUGUAAUGACUUUCGAGGCCCGUGACAACGCUGCCAAAGUGGUUCCGGCCCGUUUCCGUUUUAAUCAAACGUCGACAAUAAAAAAUACGAGGAAUCAACGGAACCGUAGAUCCACGUCAAGUCAAACGACGAAAUGGGAUCAUCAGUUAGGCGUGUUCAAAGUGAACAGAAGUCCGAGCCCAAGCAUACACGAGGUUUCGAGGAAACAAUUGACCGCGGAGUUCAUGCAGUUUUCGAAAGAAUUGAACGAGAAACAGGCUGGCCACUCGAUUAAAAAGAGUCCCAGCGCGCCAACAUUGAUAGACAAAAAAUCACCACGUAAAAGAACGUCAAAAUACGCUGGAUGCGCUUUAUUAAAUCCGGAAUUAUUGCAAAGACAUGCCCUUUCCGUUGAUAACCCGAGCUACAGUCCUCAUCAGGUCAGCAGAGAAAGUUUGGAUCAGCAAAAGAUGGGAGGCAGCCAGGUUUCAAUGGCGAUGGAUUUGCACAUUCCUAAUAAAGGUCCAGUUACGUUGAAAGUUAAAGAUAGAUCGGACACAGCGAGGCGUCAUCAACUGCUUCGACAAACGAAAGUUGAUUACGUCGAAGAAGUUGAUGAAGCUGUUAAAUCACCGACCGGUCGCGGUUACUCGCCUAAAUUAUCAGGUGCCUAUAGCAAAUAUCCAGACGAUUUUGUACCGAGGAAAAGAAAUUCGAUAGAUAUAAAAUUAUUAGAGGAAUUGACAGCGUCGAAAGAUCUUACAAAAAUAUCACCUAGAGAUUUUCGUAAAAUCUCUUCGCCCAGCUUCCAUAAAAUGUCAUUCGACAAAAGUGGAAGUGAUCGUAGGAUCGAGAGAAGCAUGGGCCAACGUAAAGCCAGCCUUGAAUUCAGGAAAAGUCCCGAUUUUCGGAGGGGAGAUUAUAGGAAAUUGUCAGUGGACAGAUUCAGUAUCGAUUGCGCUAAAUAUCUAUCCGACGAUGUGGAAAUGAGAUCAAGGGCGAGCAGCGGUGACAAUCUGAGAAGACAACGGCAACCGAAACUGCAUCACUCUAGAUCGGAUGACAAUAAGAGGGCGUCGUUCGAAAGACACCAGAAAGACGCUCAAUCGAGCCGAUACUCUUUGAACACGCAAGCGGUCAUCGAGAGCGGGGGAUCAGAGGCGGAAUUCAAGUAUUUCACAGCAACGUCACUUGACACGGAAGAAAGUCGCGCUGACAAUUCAGACGACAGCCACGCGAUCGAUAUGGACGAACAGAUAGCAACGAAUGUGCCGUCCGACGGACCGACAGAAGCUGAUGCCUUACUCGAGGAACCUGAAUUAGAGAACGUGGCCGAAACCGACGUUGAGAGCUCGAGGGACGAGAUGGACGAGACUGAAACGUACGAUGAAGCUGUGUUAAGAACGAAAAAUUUAAUAUCUAACGAUCAGAAGAGACAGGGGAAGAAUAAUAUUCGUAACGUGGAUGAAAGAUUGGAUGAUUUUGUGAAAAACAAAGAAACGAUAUUGUACAUAAAAGAGCACGAAAUUUAGGAGAAAGAUUAUCGAUCAUCAUCUGAUCGAACAUGGAAUAUGAUUAAAAUAAAAUAAAACGUGUAUUGCGAAUGAUUGGAAAAAGAAGAUUUUUGAAAAAUGUUUGAAUUUUCCACGUUAGGUACACGUUUAAUAGAAUAUUGAGAAAUUGAUAAAUUUAUUGUAUCCAAGUUGAUACAGCCGCUUGUUGUUUGAUAACGUAUAUUUAGUUAAAAAAAAAAAAAAAA